AGAAGCGCCAGUUGCAAAGGAAGAUUUCAGAUUGAUAUUAGAUGGCGAAGUGAGAAGUGCAUCAAAUAAAAGAACAGGUUCCAAAUGGUUAACUUUGAACUCUUUUUAUUUCAUUUAAUUGUAGAUAAUUAGCAUUGAAUUAACAAUGCAAAUUUGUAUAAUUUAUUCAAUAGUUUGUGUAUUUUGUUUAGUUGUAAUUUCGCAAUCGUUUCCAGUUGCGGAUGAAGAAGAAGCCGCGCUUUACUUACAAAAAUUUGGAUAUUUAGAAGACAGCACAGGAUACAGGGCAGGAGCAAUUUUAGCGCCUGAUUCAAUUUCAAGCGCCUUAAAAGAUUUCCAGCGGUUUGCUGGAAUAAACCAAACAGGUGUUUUGGAUAAUGAAACUGUGGAAAUGAUGAACACACCACGAUGUGGAGUUAAAGAUAGAAUUGGUCAUUCUGAUACUGCCAGAAGAAAACGAUAUGCUUUACAAGGUAGCAAAUGGAGAGUAUCACAACUUACAUAUCGAAUUUCCAAAUACCCGACCAGGCUAAAAGAUAAACUCAAAGUUGAUAAAGAAAUAGCAAGAGCCUUUAAGAUAUGGGGAGAUGUUACAACACUUUCAUUUGAGGAAAGAAAACGGGGUCGUGUCAAUAUUGAUAUUCGUUUCGAAGAAAAAGAACAUGGAGAUGGAGAUCCUUUUGAUGGCCCGGGAAAGACAUUAGCCCAUGCUUUUUUUCCACAAUUUGGUGGAGAUGCCCAUUUUGAUGAUGAAGAAAAAUGGACAAUUGAUGAAAGAUCCGGUACUAACAUGUUCCAAGUAGCAGCACACGAAUUUGGACAUUCCCUUGGUCUAUCACAUUCGGAUGAGAAGAAAGCUUUAAUGGCUCCAUAUUACAGAGGAUAUGAUUCAUCAUUUAAGCUAAAUAUUGAUGAUACAAAAGCAAUCCAAGCAUUAUAUGGUUCAAAAGAAAAGCCUGUUCCACCACCUGAUGAAGAACCUUCCGGCCCUCCACCUGAUACCAGUGAUGCUCCAGAUUUAUGCCAAGAUGCCUCAAUAGAUACUGUGACUCGCACUCAAAAUGGAAGUACAUAUGUUUUUAAAGGCGAGUUUUAUUGGAAAAUUCUCAAAGAUGCGAUAGCUGAUGGAUAUCCUCGAAAAAUUACAGAUGACUGGAAUGGCCUUGAAGGAAAUUUAGAUGCCUCUUUAACAUGGUCAAAUGGAAAGACUUACUUUUUUAAGGGAGGAAGAUAUUGGAGGUUCACAAACAAAGAAAUGGAUACUGGUUAUCCAAAGUUAUUAUCACGAGGAUUUGAAGGAAUACCAGAUAUGCUAGAUGCAGCUUUUGUAUGGAGUGGUAAUGGUAAAACAUAUUUCUUUAAAGGAGACAAAUAUUGGCGUUAUGAUAGUAAUAGCGACCCUCCUGUAAGCAGCAAAUAUCCUAAGCCAGUUAGCAACUGGAAAGGUCUGCCAAAUAAUAUUGAUGCUGCAUUUCAGUGGGAAAAUAGUAAAACAUAUUUUUUCAAAGGUGACAAAUACUACAGAUUCAAUGAUAUAUCAUUUGAAGUGGAUUCUGGCAGUCCUUCUUACCCAAGGUCAACAUCAGUAUGGUGGUUUGAUUGUCAAUCAAUAUCACAUAGGACAAACACAAGUACAAGCACAGAAGCUUCAACACAUUUUGGAGGUUUAUUAAUUAGAAACAAUAACACUGUUAUACGAAUUGAUGAUGAAACAAGCCGUCUUUAAAAGGAGAAAAUAUACAACUCCUGUUGUGAUUUAUAAAUUUCAGCUAGUCAAAACACUAGCCUCUAUAGUUUAAAGUGAUUCUUCUGGACAAGAUAAAACAACUGAAAAUCCUACUUCAGUUCUUUGGAAAAUAAGUGAUUAUCUUUCCCCAGAGACUGAUUUCUAGGAUGAUGAACAAAGCUUCAAAAGUGGGUAAAAAACAACAACUAUUUACAAAAAGAAGGAUUUACAUUAAGUCUGUGUAAAAUUACCCAUUAACUGAAAACUUCAUAUGUUAAACUGUUAAAUUUCUGAACUAGAAUGUGAGAAGUCAAAUGUGAUAGUUCCACAAGUUCACAUUAAUAAUUUCAUGCACAUUUCAUAUUUCAGUAUUCAAAGUUUUUGGCAUAAAAAAUCAAAUCUGUUUAUUUAAUAUUUUUAAUUAUUUAUUUUCUAUGUAGGUAAUUCAAUGUGCUUAGUUCAUAGCAUUUUUGAUAACAUAUUUAAAUUAGUAAGAUUGAUAAUAGCUUGUUUAUAUUUAUCAACAAUUUACUUUUUGUUAAAAUAAAUUUUUUCUGUUCUCAAAUUCUGUAAAAAUAAAAUUUUGCUAAAUUUGACAAGUGCCCUAAUAUUACAAUGAUUCAUAUUUAAAGUUCACUAUUAUUUAUAUAUACCAAGAUACUCCAGUUAAUAAAUGCCUAGCAUAAAAAAAAACUUCCUCAAAAUAAUAAAGUUUCUUUUGCUUUCAAAAAACCUAGAUCCGAAUUUUAAUUUGGUUUGAUGAAGUUUAGUAACAGAUGGAAAAACAAAACAUGAGAGGCUAAUUGCAUUAAAGUUCAGAUUUAAUUAAAGUAUGAUUUUCAAUUUAUUCAAAUAUUUAUUAUAUCUUGUUGUAGUUUCAAGUAUAAAAUAAAGAAUUUGCAUUAAUUUUUAAAAAAAAUUCUAUCUUGAAAGGCUUGACCUAGAUUUAGUAUGGUGGUACAAUAAUUUUAGAUAAAACUUCAUUUCUAGGCACUUAUUUGUCUGGCUCUGAAGGCCAAUAAAAUACCUUGCCAGACCAGACCUACUAAUAAAAUUUAUUAUUAUAUCCUAAAA